ACCCAUCACUGAAAUAUUUGCAAAAUAUAUUUUUGUAUUUUUGAAAACAUAAAUAAAACAUCUACAUAUUUACCAUAUUUAUAAAUAUGUCUGAAAUGUGGAAAUAUGCAAUAGUAUCUUGAUCAUCAGGACCUGACUCAUCAUCAGACUCAGAAUCCAUAAUAUGGAUUCUUACUUUUCCAUAUUAUAGGGAAAAGUUCCUGGAAGGUCGUCAGAACAUUUAGAACCGUAAUAACCGUAUGAGUCGGAACCAGUAUCGCCACUUUCGCUUUCGUCGCCAUCAGAAGAGUUCUCGAAUUCGGAAAAGAUCAAAAAAAGUAUUACUUAUUUAUUAAUGAACUAUUAGUACUUUAACAGUCAAAUAAUUAUUUGGUAACAAUAUUAUUAAAAUGCAUAGUAGUCUUACUUAAAUAUAAUAAAUUUUAUUAAGUUUUUUUUCCUGCUGGGAGGGUUCCCAAAAUUGAAGCCAAAGUUGAACUGUAUGACUGAGUCUUCGCUGGAGGAAGAAAUUUGUAGAUCGUCGUUCCUUGCCGUCAGCCUCAGUGGUAAUGUCUUUAAUGAAAGGUAACCACUCCUGACCCCAUACACCCAAGGUCUCAAUUAUAACAGGUAUAAAAUGAGUAGGAGACAUGCGUAAAUUUCUUUCUUUGUAUAUUCUGCUUUGGUGGCAGAUUGUGUUGUGAAAAUAUGAUUAGGGCUUACAACUGAUUAAAUACAAUGUAUGUAUUGUCUUAUCUAUAAAACUUCCAUGUAUUUUAAUGACAUUGUUAACAAACAAUUAUUUGAUUGUAUCUAUUAAUAAAAUAAACUAAAUUACAUUAUUUUCAUUAGAAAAAUACACUAGUCAAAUUCAUAAUUAGUCGUAGAAGAAAGAAGAAAUACAAAUAGAAAUGCACUUACUGGUGGGCGAUUUUAGAUUACCUCCUUCCGCCUGAGCAAUCUUUUCUUGCUCUAAUUCCCAUUCCAGUUUCAUGGCCCGAUACCAAUUAGCUUCUAUAAAUACUGGAUUUUGUAACGAAUUCAGCUCCAAAUUGUGGAGUCUGAUUUCAUGAGCAAAACAGUAACUUAUUUGUACGAAAGGCUUUAAGUAUGUCGGACAGACAAAAUGAUUUUUUCCUCUGUGACGCUUCACCACGAGUCGCGGUGAAGGACGAAUAAAUUCUUGUCCUUGUAUACCGUUGUCGUUGCCUUAUAAUUGAUCAAUCGGGACAGAGUAUUCUCCUAUUAAAAAAUACAUAUGUAAUUUCAGUGUCUCCUAUUCGUAACAAGUGCCCACAAUAAGUGUACAUUACUAAAUAGUGUGUAACUUUAUGCGUACAUCAUAUGUAAUUUAUUUAAUGAAACAAUCAAAUAAGAGAGGAAGUAGAUAGAAAUCAAUUGUGUACAAUUAGUAAGAAAGUAGAUAUAGCAGUCAAUCAAUGAUUGCACAAUAAGUGAGGAAGUAGAUAAUCCAACAUUCAUAAAUGAAUAUUGAAUAUAAACUUAUUUUAAUGUUGGCGUAAAAGUUGUGCGAGCAAAUUCGUGACAUGUCAUCACACCGAAACUUGUGACAAUGACGUUUAAUUCAGAGCACAGGAAUCAAGAGUUGGGCUGUAUGGUCUUCAUUGCCAUCGUCCAGCGUGAUAACUUGGACCUCCGGAGCAAAUCCAUUCAACCGUUGAUCCAGCUACUGUAUGCAAUAGUAUCAGGGUCUAACUCACUAUCAGAGUCGGAAUCCACAUAUGAAAAUGUUCCUGGAAGUUCAUCAAAAUAUUCAGAACCUUACGAGACGCAGCCAGUGUCCCCACUUCCGCUUUCGUCGCCGUUAGAAGAGUUCUCGCUAUCUGGAAAGACCAAAAGAGGUUUUUUUCCCCUGCUGGGAAAUUCAAAUUGAAGCCUGUAAUACUGAGUGGCUGGAGGAAGAAAGUUGUGGAUCGUCGUUCCCCUCGGUCAUUAUUUGCAGUCUUCAUGUCUUUAAUGAAAGCAGUGGCCGCGGAAGAUCAUUUGGACCGUGGGGACAUAAAUUUUCAUGAAAAUUUAAGAAAAAUAAAAAUAUAACUGGGUGAUUCGAAAAUAAUCAUUACUCAAAUUAUGUAUCCUGGUUAUAGAUUUACUUAAUCAAUUAUCUUGGAAUUGGAUGGGAAUUAUUAUUAAAUUCGGAAAUAUUAUUACCGAAUUUUAAUAUAAUUUCGAAAUUAUGGUUUAAGUUGUCGUAUGAGGUCGAUGUUUUUGUACUUCAGUAAUUCUAAAUCGUGGGGACAAAUGAAUUGCAUGUCCCCACGGCAAAAUUUCCAUGGGGACAGUGUCCGUAUGUCCCCACGCUUCCGCGGCCACUGAAUGAAAGGUAACCACUCCUGUCCCCAUAGUUUAGUGUAUGGGGACAGGACGUUGAGUGGUCUCAACAAUUAUAAUAGGUAUAAAAAUGAGUAAGAGUAAUGCGUGAAUUUCUUUCUUUGUAUAUUCUGCUUUCAUGGCAGACUGUGUUGGGAAGAUGACUAGGGGCUUAUAAUUGAUUAAAUACAAUGUAUGUAUUGUCUUAUCUGUAAAACUACCAUGUAUUUUAAUGACAUUUUUAACACACAAUUAUUCGAUUACAUCCAUUAAUAAAAUAAACUAAAUUACA